AUGGAUUCUGUGAUUCAUUAUCUCGAUCCCAACGCAGUAGCAAGCGUACGCUUUGAUCCUGAUGCGAUAUGGGUAGGCCUCAAUUCUGAUACUGCCCUGAUACCCGACUCCGCGAUUAUCUUCAAGGACCUACCCAAUCCAGGAUGGAGUGUCGAAGAUUUCUCAGACGAGGGCAGGAUCCUGCCUAUGGAUAGUGCCAGGGAUCCGGACUGGUACAGACAGGAACAGCAGUGGGCGCCGUGGACUCCGACUUCCUUUUUGCUCAACGAGAAGCCAUGGUAUGAUGAAUUAGGGACUGCAGUACCAGUCAAGGAGAGAACCGACGGUUGGUGCAUGGCAAAACAACAAAGGGACAUUUGUGUGGUCGACCUCAUACGAGCCCAAGAAUGCGUCCGUGGCAUCGCGGAGUUCGACGAUCGUCUAUCAUGCCGAGCCAAAGUCCCCAAAUUUUUCCCCACCAGCCGCCUCGCAAAGGUCCAUGCAUCACGGAAGCUCGCUCAAAUCGAUGCAGCUCGGGCCAAACGUUCGGUCUUGGAAGCAAUCACAUUCCUUCUGUGGUGGUCAUCAGUAAUGAUCGAUUGGGAAUCCAGAGUCCACGACGCAAUCACAGAGAACGGUAACGCCUUCAUUUCCACCGUAAAAAGCAAACGUGGAGUCCUAUGCGACCUGGAAAGAGAUUGGCCCAGGAUCAACGUCCCCCUGUAUAUUCAAAACAAGAUCCCCUUCUUCUAUAUCUGGAAUUUCGAAGCUCGAGUCGACGCGCGGUUCAGCCGUCUCAAUCCCGCCCUCAACCUAACAUAUUGGGCGACACGUCAAGGGAAACCACUCACGCUAUCGGCAGACAUCAAAGAAGAGGACCUUUCCAAGAUUGCACGGCAAGCCAUCACCCUCGACAACUUCUUCCAGGAUGUCUUCGCUUACUACAAUCCCAUCAACCCCAUCAUCCACCCAACAUUCUCAACCUUCAUCAUCGAUUUCGAAGGCUGGAGGCGCUGCCCUAUCAAUCACACUACAGAACCGGUCGAACAUCUAGUUAAACUCUACUACUAUGGAGUAUUCAAGGAGGACGACGACGAGCGCUACCACACCAUCGUCUUCUGGCAUUGGAGGAAGCGUAAGCCAGCUAACGAAUACCUCAGAUGCCAGUACAAGAUGGGCCUGCCAGGGGAGGAACACGCCACGACAAUCAGAGAGCUAUACAAGUUCGAGUACGCUCCAACAGGCGACACUCUAUUUCACCUCGAGACGGGUCUAAUCGUCGGCAAGCCCACGCUAGAUAGCAAAUCGGCACCAUUGUUACAACGAAUCGGUGACGACACCAUUCUCGCAACAGAACCAGAGAGAAUGGACGAGUCGGUGGACUCCACGGAUGACGACUACGACACCAUCAAGUUCGAAACGGUACCAGACGCCCUCUUUCACCCUCGUGCAAUCAAUAGCCCAGCUGCAUGGAUCAGGCACAACAACGAGAAGUUAGCCAAAGCCCAUCGAAACGCGGAGAACAAUCACACCUCUGGAGGACUGCUGCUUCAGUCACAUUCGCCCAUUAGCUUGAUGGAUCCUUACUUCACAGCUCACGAACGGCCGGAUAUCAUGUUCAGGCGGAUGUUGAGGGACGAUGCGGCUAAAAUAACGUAUACCGAGAGUACAUGGUCCGCCCCUGGCUUCGCUUGGAACGCCGAAUUCCUGGACACAGCUUGUUUAUUCAUCACCGACGUCGAAAGCGAGGCGCGUCUCAGAUACUGGGCAAAUUGUUGGGAUACCAUCACGAACGUUCGACGCCUCCUGACAAUUGCGAUAGAGCAUGGCAUCAAGUUUCACUUAGCCUUGUCCCCUCACCACAUCCGUCAAUUUCGUCCCAGGGUCAUCGACAGCCUCGACCGCAGCUCGGCAGCCUCCCUAUAUGGUACAAGCUUUCAAGAACAGAGCCUUGCCGCUUCCGACAACAUGGUGACUUUCUGCACAGCUUACCUCACUAGGAUGAACGACCUCCUGCGACGCCCACACGCACGAGCAUUUAUUGCAGAAGGGGGCCAAUAUAGCUGGAUCGCUCGAUGUUGGACUGGCACCCGUUUGGUGGAAGAAUUCAUGUCUGGGCCAUCAAUCCAGGUCACUGUGCACAACCGUGGAUUCUACGACUCGGCUUCAGAGAACGCAUCCUACCUUACUCACGACAGCGUUUCCGAUCAAGAGAAGGACGCCCUUCUGGGCUACUGCCCCGGCGUUCACGGAUGCGCCGGACGUUGGUUGUUCCCACCUGCUGACAUUUCACUAGUAGCUGCAUUCUACAUCGAUGCAUUUAUGGCAGCUGCCGUGGCAAAACUUGAUCAGCUACUGUGA